AUGGAAGAACACAAGGAAGACCAGCUAGAUAAUGAGUCAGAAAAAAUAUGUCAGAUCUUAAGAUUGGCCCAGUCAAAGAAGAACAUUAUCAGCUUGAACAUGGACCUCGAAAAGGAUAUGCAGAGGAUAGAUGAAGCAAACCAGGAACUACUUCUGAAAAUCCAAGAGAAAGAAAAUGAGAUUCAGAGGCUGGAAAGUGAGAUCACCCAGACUGGAGACCCAGCAGAGGAGGAGGAGUGGGAGAAGGAAAACCGUUCCUUACUAGAAGAGGAGGCAGCCUUGCAGGAGCUGGAAGAAGAAACAGCCAGACUGGAAAGGAAGAAUGAGACGCUGGUCCACAGUAUAACGGAACUUCAGAGAAAGCUUACAAGGAAGUCCUACAAGACAACCAAGUUCGAACAAGGCAGUCUGGACAGAACCCCAGAAGAGUCAAAGAUGAAGCUGCAGCAGCUGGAAACUUCCUGCACAGACCAAGAGAAGGAGCUGGCCAAGGUAAUGCAAGACUAUGUGCUUGUGGCCCAGCUCUGUGAAGACCAAGCCCUCUGCAUAAAGAAGUACCAGGAAACUUUGAGAAGAAUAGAAGAAGAACGAGAGACCCAAUUCCUUGAGAGAGAAGUAUCAAAAGUCUUAAGCAUGGACUCUGUGAAAAACACUCAAGACAGCCAAAAUCACAAGUAUAAUUCUAUUCUUAAAAGAUCAACAUUGUUCGGUAAAAGGAUUUUUCGUACUCUCUUUUUUACCACUCUAUUUUUCACAAGACUGCUGGGAUACCUAGUCUUCCACUUAAGUUUUAUAAAUCCAGAUAUCCUAGUCAACAUACUGCCCAAAGUCCUGAGCAGGAGCAUCUUGUGGCGGCUGAGAUGUUCCCUCUGUCCAUCGCUCACCCUGGAGACCGAGGGCGUGUUACCUCACUGA